AUGGAGCCCCCCCUGAACUGUAGCGCCCUAUCACAGAGUCAGAUAGAGACCACGAUGGACAGAACGGAGGCGCUGGGGGUCCUGCAGGAGCUGUGCCGCGUGUCCAGGGCCUCGGACAGAACACAGCUCUCGGCUGCAGUGCAGGGAAUUCUGGGAUCGCUGCUCACCUGCGGACUCCUCUUGUCUCUCUUCUUCGCCAUUUUCACCGUGCGCUUCCGUCAGAACAGGGUGGUGAAGAUGUCCAGCCCCAACCUCAACCUGGUCAUCCUGCUGGGCAGCCUUGUCGUGUACGUCAGCGCGUUCAUGUUUGCUGCACAGGAAGCCGCCUCCUCCAUCCAGACCGUUAUCCAGGUGAGGAUCAGCCUCCUGUAUAUUGGGGUGUCUCUGGUAUUCGGGCCGUUGCUGGGGAAGAGCUGGAGACUCCACCGCGUGUUCACCCAUCGCGUCCCCGAUAAACGAGUGAUUAUAAAGGAUCUGACGCUGCUGGGCCUACAGGCGGCCCUGCUCUUCGUUGACUCCAUGCUGCUCCUGUCCUGGGUGUUGUCUGACCCCGUCCUCUGUGCCCAGAAUGUCAGUGCCAGCAUCAAGGCCGCUGAGCGAGGAACACACUGCGCUGUGACCAGAACCCUCUCCUGCUCCUCCCUCUACGCAGACUUCUGGGUCGCCCUGUUGUUGGGCUUCAAGGGCAUUCUCCUGAUCUAUGGGAGUUACUUGGCCGGCCUGACCAAGAACAUCAGCACGCCGCCGGUUAACCAGUCUCUGGUCAUCAUGGUGGGCACCACGUUGGUGGCUGUGAGCACCGGGGUUGUCCUCUUGGCCAAUCGAUUCUUCCACAACUGGCCCAACUUGGUCUAUGGGGUGACAUCUAGCAGCAUCCUCAUCUGUACUGCCGCCAUCAACUGCCUCAUCUUCAUCCCACAGGUACUGAUAUACAAAGUGUACAAAGAAAGUCACACCACCGUCCAAAUGGCCAAAUAUUUCAACAGCCCCAGCAAAAGCAUGAGGUCGAUGUACAGCGAGGAGCAGAUCUACCACCUGCUGGGCGAAAAUAUGUCCAUGAGACGCCUACUGACCGAGAAAAGCGCUGUGAUCGACAGUCUACAGGAGCAAGUUACCAAUGCAAAGGAAAAGUUGGUGCAAAUCUUAAAUUCAGAAUGCAGCAUAGAGAUCCCAGACGUGUCCACUCUCUCUGCUUCUACACUGGCCAUUCAGCAGCAAGUAGUUCCUUUCAGCGAGGCCACCAACAAGGCAGAGAGCCCGGAAACGAGUGACAAGGUGAUGGACAACGACACAAACCUAGACCACCAUGUCCAAGAAGAGGGAGCUAUGGAGUCAAAUGUUGAAAACUCUCAGCCCCUCAAAGCAGACCUCCAGGAACCACCAGGCAACGACCUCCAGCCCUCUGAAUGCUCCAUACCAAUACAAGAGGCUGAAAUGGCCAUGCUCUCCAGAAAUGUGAGCUUCAUGGACGGCACCUCAAAACCUCAAAGUGAAAGCACAGACAAAGGAGCAGAGGGCGAGGCUUGGGAGCGGUUAUCCAGGAAGGUGAACUAUGUGAGCAGUGAGAAGCUGCAGGAGAUUCUCAGGGAACUUAGUGUUGAAACUCUGUCAGGAGGCUGCCAGUUGUCUCCUGGAGGACCGCGACGUGCAAGCCACGGCGCCCACAGGGAGCCAACAGGGCAUUCUACGGAAGGGUUUCGGAAUGUUAGCCUCAGCUUUUCCCCGUCCAUGGCCCGAAGAAGGAGGGGACUUGCAUACAGUCGUAGGAAUGUUGGAACCUCCUCGCAGUUCUACAAGGAAAUACCCCAAGUAGACCGAUGGGUCAUUAACCAAGGGGCUAGCAACAAAUAUGAAGGUCCAAACAUGCACAUGGAGGACACUCUAAAUCACAUAAGUGAGAUGAGACUGGAUGAAACGAAUGAUGACAUUUCACAGCAUCUACCUUCUCCAGCCAAUAAUACGGAAGUAGGUGUUCAAACAGAAGGAAGGAGGGUCCAUGAAAAUGGUGGGCUAUGGGUAUCCAAAUUAUCAGACCCACCAAACUAUUCCAGGCGGCCUAGUCAUAUUAUAACCUGGAGUCAUGCGGGACAGGACACACAUGAGCCACUGGGGUUCCGAUCGGAGUCUCCUUUCUCCGAGUCAGACACCAGCAGCUCCGAAGAGACUUUUUGUCUUUGUCACCGGCCAUAUUGUGACAUCUGCUUUCCACAUAUGUGCGAGACCAGCGACUCGGAGACAGAAUCUGCGGAUUACCCUCAAGGUUGGCCAACCUAUCACACAGGUUCUCAGCUUGUUGUGAAUUUUAAGGAAGACCUGCAACCAACCUUGCAACACAACCCCCCGCUGAGGCGCCCAGUAAAAAGUGAAAGGUCGCGCUUCCGGUGGCUUAAAAGGGACUGGCUCCGUCCCCUUCCGCUCCCUCCUUGCAGCGACUGCCACUUCACCGCGGCCAAUCAGCUGACGCCUUUCAUUCCCGGUGUUUGCCUCGCCUUUAUCCUCAGGCGUUUAAAGAAGACUGACAGCUGA